AGGGAGCUGAUCGCGAUUUGCAGUUGCAUGCUGAUGACGUGUACUUCACUCUCCAGAAUUCUUCCGCAGAAGGAGUUCAGGUUCAACAGCGCGACGCGUCCAAGAUUCAUUCAAAAACAGCUUUUGGUUUUGGAUCAAGAUAUGGAGAAUCUGAAAUUGAAAAUAAGCCACCGAGGUCUAAAAAUGAAGAGCUGCUUGAGACCUGGUAUAAUCAGGUUAUUGAGAGACAUAGGGCUAGCAAACCGCUUAGGUUGUCAUCAGCAGACCGAGAAUCAGAGAAACGUACUCCAGAGGAGAUGUCUGAUUAUCUUAAGCUUGCUGUGAAGCAUAAGAAAAGGUGUUUAGCAUUCAAAGAAGAUCAGUAUGUGGGAUGUGGAAACCCCCUCCUAGAAAAUGCAUCACAGAAUCCAUAUUCUGUUUUAGAUGAUAGUAGUUCAAUUGAUCAUGAAGCAUCUUUUUUCCCAGAAACAAUGUUUACGUUGAACUGUGUUCCUGAUAGUGCACUUCCACCUAUGAAUAGAGUGCAAGACGACCAAAAAGUUUUCUCUCAGUUGCUAAGCUGUCAUAUCCGUAAAUUGGGUAGCAGCUUGAAAUGCAGCAUAUUCCUGGAAUGCAGUCGCAGUUGCAGCCACAACACUAGAACCCUAUUCGACUACCCCAACAAAUAUCGAGACAAAUGCAUCCACAGAUGCAACAGAUUCAACAAAUGCAGCAAAUUGCCCAAUCCAAGAAUGUGCCAUUUCAGCAACAGCAGCAGAUAGAAAGAAUGCGAAGACGUCAACCAUAUACUCCUCAUGCUGGUAUGGACAUGGUACAAGAUAGACCAAUGGUCCAGGUCAAGAUUGAAGCUCCAUCAGAGUUACCCAUGGAUAGUAAUGCCUUCAACAAUUUCAAUAACAGACAUACGCAAUUGCAGUUCAGACAGCAGCAAAUUCCUGCAAUGUCGAAUCCUACAAUGCAAAAUGUCCCUGCUCUGUCAGGGAAUAAGUUUGGACAUAUGUCUUCUUCACAAAUUGCACAAAUUCAAUCACAGAACGCCGGUGUUCUUUGGGCUCGACCAAUGAAGGUUGAAGGUUUCCAGGAAUUAAUGGGGGAGAUGCUUCAUCAAAGCAUGAUUCAGACGAAAUUAGGCUGACAUCCCCAAAAUAGCUCCCGUCAUCAAGUAAAUAACUUGCCAAUCUCUGAACAGUCG